CAGGAGUGCGGAACCACACGAAUAGCGAUAUUGGAGAGGGUGAAGACUUUCAUUAUUAGAGAUAAGUCGCUCCUUCCUGCUAGGCGAAUUAUUACUGCAGAGAGCGACGUUGAGUUAGACGAUGAUACCAAAAGAGGGACCCGAGUCAAAGUCUGUGGUAGAAUCCACCGCAUUCGGUCUCAAAAGCAAGCGGUGUUUGUGCCAUUGGUGGAUGGUUAUGGCCAGCUGUAAUGUAUCCUCCAGACUGGAAACCUGACCAUGUCCUAUGAUGCUCUGCAAUUCACUCGGGGCACGUCUCAGGCAGUAUAUGGGAAUGAAAAAGGUUCCCCCCAGGGCACCAUGCCCCCGGUGGCCGUGAACUUGCUGUUGAUUGCUACCAAGUCCUGGGUCAUGCACCUUCUGAUAUGGAUGCUCUUUCAAACAAGAUGUCGACUUCUCAAAGCAUGUGGGACCCCACAAUGCUGGAUAACUGGCAUCUAAGGCUUCGUGGUGAGAAGGCAUCCGCAGUGGUGAAGGUCAGGGCUGCUGUGGAAUUGGCAUUUCACGUUGCCUUCAAGGAGAUGAGAUUUACCAAAGUUUCACCACCGGCACUGGUUCAGGCCCCAAGUAGAGGGCGGUGCAACGCUUUUUAGAGUGCCCUAUUUUGAUCAAGAACCAUUUCUUGGACAAUCUUCUCAACUAUACUUAGAGACAGUUCUACCUAUCCUUGGCAAUGUUUUCUGCCUUGAGAAG